AUGAUUGCAAAAUCACUAAUCACAGUUGCCAUUAUUGGAGGCGGCCCUGGAGGGCUCGCAACUGCUAUCGCCUUGUCCAAGCUACCGUUUGUUCACGUCAGACUUUACGAGCAGAACCCAGAGCCCCGAGAGGCCGGCGCGGGUAUUAGCUUGAGCACGAACGCCUGGAAGAUCCUGGACCUGCUGCAAGCAAGCGAUGGUGUUAAAGGGGGCUCAAAGGCAAAUACUCACCAGAGAAAUGGGUAUACCGGAAAAAUCCUCAAUGUCCAAGAGCAACCGGAAAAUUCUGGUGCUGAUGCCCGUGGAUCCAUUCGGGCCCGUAGAACUCGACUCCAGUCAGCUCUCCUCGCUAGAGUGCCUGCAGAGAUCAUCGAAUACGGCAAGAGGGUCGUGUCUCUCGAUAACCUUGAAGAGGGAGGCGUGCGUGUUAAGUUCAAGGAUGAAACUGAGGUAGUUGUAGAUCUCGUCGUUGGUGCCGACGGUAUACGAUCAAUUGUGCGACGAAUCCUCUUUCCGGACCAUCAACUUCACUUUACAGGAAACACGGCCUGGCGCGUGCUUGUUCCCAAGUCCUCCCUGGCUCACAUCCCAGACAUCACUCAAACAACGGCCUGGUGGUGGGGAGAAACCGGCCACGCAUAUGUGUCUGAUGUAGACGAUGAGACAGAGACUGCUGAUCCACACUUUGAGAUAACUAUUCGCUCGUACCACGAACCCGAGAUUGCUGGCACGACCGUUCCCUGGGGCAUCCCCGCUAGCAAUGACAAAGUAGCAUCGCGGGUAUUGAAAUUUGAUCAGCGAGUCAGGGAUGCGGUUGGCGUUGUGCCAGAGGGACAGUGGAGGGAGUUUGCCGGCUAUGCUGGCCCUCGUCUCGAACACAUAACCGGGUGGGAUAAGGUCGUGCUUAUAGGCGAUGCCAGCCAUCCUCUUCAAGGUGCCUUUGGCUCCGGAGCAACGUUUGCCAUGGAGGACGGCUGGAUUCUGGCGCGUGCUCUUGAGCGAACGAGGUCGUCUGCUAGCCCUCUCCCCCGUGCGCUGAAAAUAUUUGAUGAAAUCAGGUCGCCUUAUUAUAUGAGAAUGUAUGCGCAUCUCGACGAAGGUCGUGAGAAAAUGCAAAAGCAGCGUAAAUCAGAGAGCCACACACUCGAUGAGCUUCUAAAAGCCAGAAUAGAUAAUUUACUGGGCGGGAAUAAGGAUUUUAUCUACAAGAACGAUAUUCAAAAAGUCUGGAACGAUUACAUCGCGACAUUGCCAGAUGAGGACGACGUCACGGAUUCAAACUGA